AACAUUGGUUUGAAUAGCAUAAACCGAAUCCUAAAAUACUUUAAGUUCACUUCGUAAAUAAAAUCUGAUAAACUGAACAAAUUAGGUUCUCUAAAGUUGAGAUGGGUAAAUGUUCAGCUAACUCAUGGAGUUGGAAUUGUGAUUCUCGCUUGUUCACAAUUGCUUUUGGUAUUCACAAGGAUACUAAUUGUAUGCUUUGUUUGUGGUUGUGCUUUGUUUGCCAUUGUUACUCCUUUAUGGAGAUCUAUGUUCUAUCAAGUUCCCCUGUUGUUGGGAAAUCUUUAUUUGCAGGGAAUGAAAGCUUCUUUGGUGUUUAUGGAUUUGCUGUUGCAUCUUGUUUGGACAUGCUAUCUUCUAAAACCCUUGAAGUUCCCUUGCGAGACAUUUCUAUCGCUUAUCGUUCUAGCACCUACACGUUGGUAGCAGAAGAUAUUGUAGCGAAGACUGCCUUAUCAUUGAAUAACGCCCUCUUGUUGGCGUGGAACGAAGACUCUUUGGUUUUGCAAUUGUUCAUGGACUCCCAGUUCAGUGUAAAAUCUUUCAAGUCACUCGAAGUCACCGUUGAGCUAGGAAGAAUUCUGCUUGUUUUAAGCUUCUUUCACCUUCGGUUUAUCCCCAUGUUUUUUGCAUUAUUCUCUUAUACUGCGUUUGUGUUUGCAGUUCUUUCAGUUUUUAGUGAUGUGUUUUACUCUUGUAAUGGAGACUAA